AAACGAGAACUGCAAACUAUUGAAAUGUGCCUUGAAGAUCUAUUCGACUACGAGAUGUCACGGCGUAAAAAAAAUACACCACAAUCAAAGCCCAUUCCGAAAGGGGCAUACGAGGUGUAUAUCACAUCCAGAAAAGCCACAAAAUUUACCAUUUCGGACUCAAACACAUCCCCCCAAGACUAUCUGCAGGAACCCGCAACAGCUUCUAAAACAACAAACACCACAAAUUCUGGCUCCUCUGAUGAUAACACAACCGGAGCGGCGCUAUCUGAUGUCCUAUAUUUCAAACCAAAGGGCGAACACGAUGUCGAGACAGAGCAGCAUGGAUCAACCAAAGAAGGAGGUAAAACUUAUCUUUUCAUGCGACGAGCGUGCAGGAUUUCUCAGGGAUAAGAAAAGCCUUUUGAAUACGGCCAUCGCCAGUAAUAGCAAUAGUAGGCGCUACAAUUUAAGCGUUUGCAAUUUGAUUGGAUCGCCAUCCGAGACCUUAAACAGAGGAGGACUCUUCCGCAACACUGCCUCCGGCAAGUCUGAUAAAGACGGAUAUGGGAAGUUCGUGGAGAGUUUUUGUGCGAAACUCUCGGAGCAGGCCAUAGCAAUGGGACUGCAUAAGCAGGCGUCAAAGCGAUCGCUCUGCUCAACAUCCUCUUCAAUUUCGUCAAUAAGCUUAGGCCUGGCUCUUCACCAUGCCAAAAAAUGCCCGAACUUCAUAUGCAACCAGGACCGUCACCGUAUUAAGAAGCAAAUCUUUCGGGUUCGGCUUUAAAUAUACGUACAAUCAAAGUGCCUGUGAUGAUCAACAAGCCCUACAUUUGUUUUGUAUAGAAUGCGACCUACAAAUUGAAGGAGUGUCAAUAAUUCCAAUACUAUAGCAUUAAUACAUUCAAAGCAGAUAGCGUUCCGUAUGGUUUUCAAUAUCAAGCCCCAAUUGUGCCUCAAUAUCGUACUUUCAAUCAAUUCAAAUAUUUUUUGGAAUACAUACAGCCUUUGUUAAGUUUAAAUUUA